AUGAAAAGAACGCAAGGCCACGGCCUUCGUUCCCCAACCAUCUCUCGACCAACAUCCACCAACCUACUCUUUCAUCAUUCAAGUCGUCGUGGCCGGGCCUGCAGAGAGGGCGCGAGGUCGGGAAUAGUCAUGUCGUCGCUGGUGGAGAAAUCACAACCGCAAAUUGUCGUGGACGCAGUUCUGAAGAGAGCAGAAGUCGGCAAGAUUGGUAGAACCCUCAAGACUCGCCUGGCCUUUGCUCAAUUCAAGGUCAUGCGGGGAUGGGAAGACCUUUCCAUUGACGCCAUCGAACCCAAGGUCCAGGAGUUACGACAGCACCUGAGGGCUGACGUGAAGAAAGAAUUUCUUCCCGAAGAUUCUGAAAUGAUGAUAAGCUCGGACCAAAGCCAACCACAGCCUCGAUAUUCUCUGGGAUCGCGCUUCCGCAACGCCAUUGACGCCUCUCGCCAGACCAUCACCAGUAAGAGCCGCGCAUUAGAUAGAUCCUGUGGUAAGCGCAGAAAUCAGGAAUGGCUAGACGACCCCAGCUGCUUCAUUGGGUCUCGGAAACGCCACUGCUCAUCACCACUGGGCCACCCUCACACAUACCAAGAUUUGCCACUCACGCAAUCAUCGCCCAUUAAGUCUCCACACCAAGCACACUUUACGACAACGGUGGGCCCGGGUCUUUCCUUUUAUGCGGACUCCUACCGACCUCGUCAUCUACUCGACGGCCUCCUGGACGAGAGCGAGGAGGAUGAGGUUUCUUUGCCAUUGUACUCGUUUAAUAUAAAUUCUUCGCCCCCACGCACGCCACCUCUAUGGUCGCGUGAGAAUGGAGAGCGUUGUUGCGAACACAUUGAGAGGCUAGAAGGAGAGGAAAACGAGCACUUAUUUCAACGACCAGCCUUCUCUCCACCAGCAGUUGACCCCACGCGCCUUACCUGCCAUCCCAAAACCCCACCCCGUCAUGCUACUGUCCCAUCCCUCUCCAGACCCAUUUCUAUGGCGGAGGCCGACCUGCUAUGUGAGCCGGAGAGUCUGACGCCGGCCUCACCGACAUUUGACUUUUCAGACUUUGUCAAUAUUACCCCAAGUCCAGCUCGACCACCCUGGCCACUGACGCCGCAGACUGACAAUGUGUCAGGAGUUUUCAAUCAUCGUCACUCGAUUUUUCACGCAAAAUCAAGCCCACGCAAGCCAAAUAUUCCUCCAGGGCCCCGAGAUCCGCAAGAAGUUGGACACUCAUGGAGAGGCCAAUACUGCUGGUGA